AUGGUCCUCCUUCUGCCCUGGCUCUCCCGAUGUUGCUGCCGAGGCCUCCUCCUGCCUUCCUGGCCCCUGAUGCUUCAGGGGCCCCAGAGGUACAGCUCCCAGAGCCCCAAGACGAGCACAAAACAGCAGACCAGCUCCACAGGCAGCGGAAAGAUGAGGUCCCCCACCACAGGUCCUGGGCGCACAGCUGAGCUGGCCCAGGCUGAGGAGCUGCUAGAGCAACAGCUGGAGCUGUACCAGGCCCUGCUGGAAGGGCAAGAGGGGGCCUGGGAAGCCCAGGCCCUGGUGCUCAAGAUCCAGAAACUGAAGGAGCAGAUGAGGAGACACCGAGAGAGCCUGGGAGGAGAAACCUAA